UAUUGGUAUUUCUUUGCUAUCGAUUGAUGGUCAGUCGAUGCAGCUUAGCUAUUGGUUUUAAAAAGCAUUUGUUUGGAAUCCAAUAAGGAACCCCAGUCAUGGAGGACUUGGUGAAGAUGUGCCGUGUGUGCAUGGGCGAGUCGGAGGACAUGUUGGACAUCUACGACAACAAGAGCUUGGGGGACAAACUGAGCGCCGAUCUAAAGAAAACCAAGGAGCCGGAGCCCACGCCGGCUGAUCUGCUGAAGAACUGCAGUGACUAUCCAGUGGCAUCCGGGGACGGCUUUCCCUUGAAGGUGUGCGAGCCGUGCCUGAUGAAAUUACGGGAGGCCAUGAGAUUCAAGAGGCGCUACACAAGGACAAUGGAAUACGUAGCGCGCGUAAAGAAGGAGCAAAUCGACCAGGAGACCUGCGAUCUCCUGGAGGCCGAGGAUUGGGAUCUCGUGGAGCGCAUCAAGAGCGAAGACGAGGAGGAGAACGAGGACGACCUGCAGCCGAAAAGAAAGAAACUCAAUGAGGUGGAUAAGGAGCGGCCCUUCAAGUGCCCAGACUGCCAGAAAAACUUCACCGGCAAAGCCCAGUUGACCAUGCACAGUCGCAUCCACGGCAAGAGAUCCACUAGGCCCAAACGAAGAACUCUUAAAUAGUCUUACGGAUCUCAGCCGCUUGGCAAAAUGCACCCAACUACCAAAUAGUUAUUAAUCAUCUUGUUAAAAACACUUUCAAUAUUUUUAUAAAAUAGAAACAAGUUAGGGACUAAACUAAUACUAACUUAGGGGCUGGUGUUAAAAGCAAUUUGAUGUACAUAUAUUGACAUUGGCUAACAUUGAUAUAGACAUAAAUAAUGCUUCUUCCAUUGA